CGGACGGUAAAUAGGAGAGGAGCGCAAAAUGGCGGAGCCGCUCAGCCCCGGCCCAGGCCCCGACGCCGCCGUCGCCGCCGAGAAAGACCCGCUCGGGAGAACGACAACGUCGCCUCAGCUGACGGCCAAGAAGGUCCGGACGGAGGAGAAGAAGCAGCAGCAGCAGCAGCAGCAGCAGCAGGCCCGGAGGGUCAACGGGGAAGGGGGCGGCGGGGACAAGCAGCAGCAGCAGCAGCCGCCGCCUCCUCACCCCUAUGGCAGCUCCGCCAGCUGGAGCUUCGCCGCCCUGGCCUCCUCCUCGUCGUCGUCCUCCUCCUCCAUGGGCGCCGGCUUGUCCUUCCCCGCGGCCAAUUCCUUCCCCUCCCCGCCGUCGUCGUUGCCCCGCAAGGCGCCGCUUCCCGCUCAGCCCCUCCACCAUCUUCUGCUCCCGCCCGCCGCCGCCGCCGCCGCCGCCAAACCCCGCAGGCCCAAGGAGAAACGGGAGAAGGAGAAGCGGAGACACGGGCUCGGCGGCACCGGACAGGCCGGAGGAGCCCGCGAAGAGAACGGGGACGGGAAGGCGCUGCCCAGAGAUAAAAUCAAAGAGAAAAUUAAAGAGAGGGACAAAGAGAAGCAAAAAGAAAAAAAGAAACAUAAAGCUAUGAGUGAGAGCAAGAAGGAGAAUGGAGAGGUCAAAAUACUGCCAAAAGGCGGAAAGGAGAAACCAAAAACAAAUGCAGAAGACUUACAGAUUAAAAAGGUAAAGAAGAAAAAGAAAAAGAAACAUAAAGAGAGUGAAAAACGGAAGCGUCCCAAAAUGUAUAGCAAAUCAAUUCAGACCAUCUGCUCAGGAUUGCUUUCUGACGUUGAGGAUCAAGAAGCCAAAGGCAUCAUAGAUGAUCAUCUAAAGGAUUUCAUGGGGAAGAAUUUGGAUCCCAAGAAGGACUAUGAGUCCAAGAUACCAGAGAACAGUGAGUUUCCAUUUGUCUCGUUAAAGGAGCCACGGGUUCAAAAUAAACUCAAAAGGUUGGACACAUUGGAGUUCAAACAGCUCAUUCAUAUUGAGCACCAGCCUAAUGGAGGUGCAUCAGUUAUCCAUGCCUACAGUAAUGAACUCUCCCACUUGUCUCCUGUGGAGAUGGAGAGGUUUGCAGAAGAGUUUGUGGGUCUGAUUUUUAGUGAAAAUGAAAACUGUGCAGCUUUCUAUGUAAUGGGUAUUGUUCAUGGGGCAGCUACUUAUUUACCUGACUUUUUAGACUACUUUUCAUUUAAUUUUCCCAAUUCGCCAGUGAAAAUGGAGAUAUUGGGAAAGAAAGAUAUAGAGACAACAACUAUGUCCAAUUUUCAUGCUCAGGUAAAAAGAACGUAUUCCCAUGGUACAUAUAGAGCUGGCCCAAUGCGACAGAUCAGUUUGGUGGGAGCGGUGGAUGAGGAAGUGGGAGAUUACUUUCCAGAGUUCCUGGACAUGUUGGAAGAUUCACCUUUUUUAAAAUGUACACUGCCCUGGGGGACACUAUCUAGUCUAAAAUUAGAAAGCCGAAAAGAUAGUGAUGAUGGUCCCAUCAUGUGGGUUCGUCCAGGAGAACAGAUGAUCCCUGUGGCUGACAUGCCAAAGUCGCCUUUUAAAAGGAAAAGAACUACCAAUGAAAUAAAAAACCUGCAGUACCUACCUCGAACUAGUGAGCCCCGUGAAAUGCUCUUUGAAGACAGGACACGAGCCCAUGCAGAUCACAUAGGACAAGGUUUUGAGCGACAGACAACAGCUGCUGUUGGAGUGCUGAAGGCUGUGCACUGUGGAGAGUGGCCUGAUCAGCCCCGAAUAACCAAAGAUGUAAUUUGCUUUCAUGCGGAAGAUUUCUUGGAGGUAGUUCAAAGAAUGCAGUUAGACUUACAUGAACCUCCGCUGUCACAGUGUGUCCAGUGGGUGGAUGAUGCCAAACUGAACCAACUGCGAAGGGAAGGCAUUCGCUAUGCCAGGAUUCAGUUAUAUGAUAAUGACAUUUACUUUAUUCCAAGGAAUGUUGUGCAUCAGUUCAAGACGGUUUCAGCUGUGUGCAGUUUAGCUUGGCAUAUUCGGCUUAAGCUCUACCACUCCGAGGGGGACACCUCCCAGAACGCAGCCACCCGUGAAGCAAGCACAUCGCCAGACCCCACAUCUUCUGUCCUUGGACUUCAUUCUGACCACACAAUUUGUACUCUAAGCAAAACCGCCUCCGAUUCCCAUUUUUCAGACACGCUGCAUACCGAGUAUGAAUUCCAGCCGAUAAAACACGAACCUAUUGCAUUGCUAAAAAUCAAGGAGGAACCCAUGAAUGUCAGUAUUCCGGAAAAGACCGUGGCCCCUAAUAACACGGACUACCAGAAGGGGAAAGGAAAAUUAGAUCGUGUUGAAUUCACAGAGUUUAAGUUUGGAGGGGACUCGAAAUUUGAAACCGGCAACAAGGACUUACAGGAAAAAUUGGGGCCUGGAAGACACAUAAGUCUAGAUGAUACAAGGCAACACAGUUCAGCCCAUCCAAGUCUGGGUAGAAAAGGAGAUGAUGACAUUUUGUGCUAAAUUUGUAUAUAUGAUUUUAAAUUCCUUUUUUAAACCUAUUGACGUAAUAAUGUCAAAAUUCGUAAAGUCUGUGAGGCAAGGCUGUGACUUGCGCUCAAGUCUGUUACAGAAAGAAUAGUUUAUGUAGCUUUGUAACAUUCCUCAGUGCCUGUCCAUAACUGUGAAGUAUCAAAGCACUUAGGGCCAGAUGCACUGUAAACAUUGCAGGUUUAACAGAACGAAGUCUUUAAAUCAUUUGAGUUGUAGCUUUUAGAAUAGAGCUGACAUUAACAUAUAUAUUUUUUGUAAGAUGAGCCAGAAUUCUUUUUGACAAUUCAAGGCUUUUCCAUAGAGCUUAUUUAUACCAAGUUUUUCAUUUUAAAUGUGUCAGCACUGUAGUGUAAAUAGCUUUUUUUUAAUCUUUUUAGUGUGAUUUAUACUGAAAUGUGGACCACUUAAUAAAGGUUCAUAAUAACAAAUUUGUUUUAUUGUUGGGUUUGCAAAAAGGAAACACUGACAGUUCAUUUAAGUUGUCCCCUUGAUCUAGUACAUUUUUAAUUUGUUGGUGAAUUCAUUUAGAAAGGAUAUUGGAGUGCCAAUAAUACUCAUUUGAAUUUAGCACAUAUUUAAAUUCCCCACACUGCAAAAGUGUUUUCUUUCAAGAUUUAAUUAUGAGAAUACACACACAUUUGUGCAUAUAUGUAUAUGUGUGUGUAUAUAUCUAUAUGCACACACAUUUAUGUGUGUGUGUGGUGGUAGGUGUGGGUCAGGUGUGUAUAUAUAUAUAUAUAUAGAGAGAGAGAGAUAUAUAGAUUAUAUAGUGCAUAUAUAAUCUAUAUAUAUCAUAUUUUGCAUAUUUUUUUAAGUUGCUGAGUAAGAUGAAUACUUGGAAACUUUGGGCACUGCUAUCGGGAAUACAUUUUUAAAUUUAGUAUUAUGAAAAUAAUUUAAGUUAAUUGAGCAUAUUGUAGAUGGUCCAGAGGACCAAGCAAGGUGUAGAACAGCAGCUUACCUCCUGCAAGUUUAGGACCCAAUGGGACAUCCUCAUUGUCCUAAUUUACUAGCUCUUUCUUGUCCAUGAAAAGGUCUGAUAAAAUAUAGUGAGGGAAAAUGUCCUUAUUCAUCUAAAUUUGAUGACUUCAAAAAUGCCAGAGUUAAGCUUCUAAUUUAUGCCUUGAGAUUCUGUUUAUAUUUUUAUGAUCUUAAUAACUUUCCUCUUUCUCCAUCCUUUUCAUGUCAAGUUUGGGGAUUCUACCUUCACUUGAUGAAGAAAAAUCCAAACGUUAGCAACACUCUAAAGACUGAGAGAUGGGAGAGACAGCUGUAUUAUGCAUAUGUUUCUCACUGAGGAGCGGUGUUUAGUGAGGUUUGUUUUUUUGUUUUUGGGGUUUUUGUUUUUUUUUGGUGUUUUUUUUGGCAUUCAGAUUUUCCAGAAGUAUUCACCAGGCUUAGUUCAUGUAGAUUUUUAUCAAAGUUGAGGUUAUAUAUUGCAAUAAAAUGUCUUUUAUAGUCCAUCUCCAAAAUGUAUGAGCCUUAAACUUUCUAAUUUGUAGGAACACCUGCUUAAAAGCAACCCCCAUCAUAUUGACUGGUGGUUGUUUUUCAAAAUGCCAUCUUGUACUAUCUCGAACCGAACCUUUCCGUAUACUGGUAAUUUAAUAGUUCUGUAAAAUGCAUACAUCCCUAUGGAGGUGAACGUGCAAAUAGUGGAUGCAGAACUCAGAUGGAGCCUCCUUUUGGCCUUGUACAGUGGCUAUUUUCUUUGUCUUGCUCAUAAUAAAAUACCCCAUGAUACAGUCUAAAGACCCUAUGGACUACCUUUGUUGAAAAUGAGAGCAUUUCUGUUUUCAUAUAGUUUUUAAUGUAUGCCCCUCUUGUGAGAUUUCAGUUCAUUUGCCAUUUCACAGGACACUCCUUUUAAUAUGUUCAAAAAACUGAAGCUAUGAUUAUUUCCUGGGUUGCUGCCAUCUGCUUUUAAUAUCCUUUACAUAAAUUGCAAAGAAAAUCUGAAAUCAGUAAAUUGAUCAAAAAUCCCCAAUUUUUUUCCUCUACCAUCAUCUGUGACCUUUGCUUACACCUUUCAUUCAACUUAUAUACCUAUAUUUCCUGCUCAGGUAACUUAGUGUGAGAAUUGAGCAUUUAUGGUACUGAGUUGAAAAAGCUUUACUAAAGCCAUACGCAUUUUCCCCUUGUCAAUAAGGCCCAGGACCUCAAUAAAAAGAGAUUAGGUUGGUCUAGCACAAUUUGUGUGUGUUUGUGUUUUUUGGUGAGAUUUUGCUGACUACCAUUUGCGUUCUCUUUGCAGUCCCUCAUGAAAACUGUCAGGGUUGAAAUUAAUCCUCUGAUUAAGUCGAAAGUAACUGACCACCAGAGACAAAUGGAGACAAACACGAUAGCCAAAUUGAAGUGCUUCCUUAGUAUUUCUUGUUUUAUACUAUCAGGUUACAGUUGUUAACAUAGCAUUAGUCCUUUAGUUGUCAAUCAUACUUGUAUUAGAGGGCUUGGAGCAAGUUUUUAACCCUGUGACAUGAAUAUUUUAAGAUAAUUUUACUUCGUUCCUUUGAAGAUCUCUUGCAUGGAUAUGAGAGGAUUACCCUGAGCUUUCUCUUUGGAAUAAAUGUUUUUAAUUACUA